AUGGGUGUUCCAGCUCUUUUUCGUUGGCUCUCCAACAAGUACCCCAAAAUUAUUUCUCCCGUCAUUGAGGAGCAACCAUAUGAAGUCAAUGGCGAAGUGAUCCCCGUCGAUACGACGAAGCCGAACCCUAAUGGCGAGGAAACGGACAACUUGUACUUGGACAUGAAUGGUAUUGUCCAUCCAUGUACACAUCCUGAGGGCAAACCACCUCCAGCAAACGAACAGGAAAUGAUGCUGGAGAUCUUUCGCUACACCGACCGAGUCGUGAAUAUGGUUCGUCCGAGGAAGCUUUUGAUGAUUGCUGUUGAUGGCGUCGCCCCCCGUGCAAAGAUGAACCAGCAACGCUCUCGACGAUUCCGCUCAGCGCAAGAGGCUAGAGAGAACGAUCAAAAGAAGGAGGAGUUUCAGAAACUACUGGCCAGACAAAACGCUGCUAAGGGAAUUGAUCCGGACAACAAUCUCGAAGAACAGGUCAUCAAGAAAACAUGGGAUAGCAACGUGAUUACACCCGGCACUCCAUUCAUGGAUAUUCUCUCCGCGUCUUUACGCUACUGGAUCUCCUAUAAACUGAAUACCGACCCCGCAUGGGAAAAGUUGAAAAUCAUCAUCAGUGACGCUACAGUUCCCGGAGAGGGCGAACACAAGGUUAUGAAUUUCAUUCGAUCGCAGCGCCAGGAUCCCAGUCACGAUCCAAACACUCGUCACGUCCUGUAUGGAUUGGAUGCCGAUUUGAUUAUGCUUGGUCUUGCGACCCACGAACCUCACUUCCGAGUCUUGCGGGAAGACGUGUUUUUCCAGGAGUCGAAGCCCAGAACAUGUCGUCUUUGUGGACAAACUGGUCAUAAAGCUGAAGAAUGUCGAGGCCAGGCAAAAGAGAAGAAUGGCGAAUUUGAUGAAAAGCAGAAAGCUGCAGUUCUGAAACCUUUCAUUUGGCUAAACGUCUCCGUGCUUAGAGAGUAUCUUGCUAUCGAGCUUCAAGUACCCCAGCAGCGAUUUCCCUUCGAUUUGGAACGAGCUCUCGAUGAUUGGGUCUUUAUGUGUUUUUUCGUCGGCAACGAUUUCUUGCCUCAUCUCCCGUCUUUGGAUAUCAAAGAAAAUGCCAUUGACUUGUUGAUUUCUAUCUGGAGAGAAAAUAUUCCUCUUAUGGACGACUAUGUGACGAAGGAUGGUAUUGUUAAUUUCAAGCAUGCACAACUCAUCCUAACUGGGUUGGGCAAGCAGGAGGAAGCAAUUUUCAGGCGGAGAAGACAGGCAGAGGAAAGGAAAGCUGCCAAUGAACAGCGUAGGAAAGAAGAAGAGAAAGCGCGCAAUGCUGAGAGAUCUCAGAAACGUCGAAGGAGCUCACCAGACUAUACAGCUGGAGAGCCCACUAUUGCUGCUCCACCAUCCAAAGCUCGAAAGUCAGGUGAAGGCUUCAUCGCGUCGACAGAGGUGACAUUGAUUACCCCCAGCCGAGGACACUUGGAUAAGGAGACAAGGCAGUUGACACACAGCAUGGUUGUCAAUCGCUCUGCUAUUUACAAAGCCAAUGAGGCGAACAAGAGUGCUGCCGCUGCUUUGAAAAGCCAGUUGCUGAAAGGUAAACUAGCAGUAAAUGAUGAGGCUGAGUCUGCAAACAGCGAUGGCCCAAGUGGAGAGGACACGGCUCAAGACGAGUCACAGGGAAUAUCGCCGUCUGUCUUAGGUAAGAGAAAGGUAGAAGAUCUGGCCGAUGCGGAUAAUGGUACCCCCGGCAGGGACUCGCCAGUCCCAGCUGGGCAGUCAAAACCCACAGAUGAAAUGCCUCCUGAUACAGUACGACUAUGGGAGCCCGGGUAUACCGAGAGAUACUACGAACAGAAAUUUCACGUUGAUCCCAGUAAUGUGGAAUUCCGUCAUCAGGUUGCAAGAUCAUAUGCUGAAGGUCUACAAUGGGUCCUUCUUUACUAUAUGCAAGGAUGUCCUUCCUGGACCUGGUACUAUCCGUAUCACUACGCACCAUUUGCUUCAGACUUUGUCGAUAUCGGUGAUAUGAAGCCGAACUUUGUGAAGGGCAAACCGUUCAAGCCUUUUGAGCAACUGAUGGGUGUAUUACCAGCUUCGUCGAAUCAUGCUAUACCUGAAAUCUUCCAUGACCUAAUGUCGGAUCCCAAUAGCGAGAUCAUCGACUUUUACCCAGAAGAUUUCCCAGUUGAUCUCAACGGCAAAAAGUUUGCAUGGCAAGGAGUUGUUUUGCUUCCAUUCAUUGACGAGGUUCGACUACUCGCUGCGAUGGAAAAGAAAUACCCAUUAUUGAGUGCAGAUGAGCACGCCCGGAACACUGUUGGAAGCGACGUUCUCCUGCUUUCUGACCAACACCCUCUGUAUCAAGAACUUGCAAUGAACUUCUACUCCAAGAAGCAAGUUGUACCGAAGUUUAAGCUGAACAUGCGUGUCAGCGAAGGACUGGCUGGAAAAGUGGAACGUGACGACAACCAUAUCCCUCACAGCUCUCUUAACCCUCCCUAUGAUGUUGACAUGCCCUCUCUAGAUGAAAACAGAUCUAUGAUGGUCAAUUACGAGAUUCCAAAGUCGACUCAUCUACACAAAUCGAUGCUCCUUCGAGGCGUGCGAUUCCCGCCUCCGACCCUAGAUCAAUCAGAUAUAUCUGCUGUCAAGGCUAAAUCUCGAUACAACGGCGGCGGGCGAGGAGGCUACCGAGGCAACAAUGGUGGCGGCAGAGGCGGAAAUCAGUACAAUCCUCCAAGACCGGGUAUGAACGAACGAGCAAACCCAUUUGCAGCACAUCUGGAUCCAUCCUUUGUCCCACCGCCUCAAGGCGGAUGGGUUCCUCCUGUCGGCGGUGCCGGCUACUCUCGUGGCCCUCCACCUCCUCCACGCGGUGGCAGCUAUGGUUAUCAGAACUCGUCUCGGGGCUACAAUAACUCUGGUUACUACGGCCAAGAUAACAGCUACCAACGUGGUUACGAUCAAUAUGGUUACUCUGCUCCUCCGGCAGACUAUAAUCAACAGGGAUACUAUAAUGGACCGCGAGGUGGUGGCAGCAAUCGUGGAGACCCGAGGGGCUACAACAGCAACCAAGGAGGGUACCAGUCCCAGGGUCGUGGCGGCUACAACUUCAGACGCGGCGAUGGCUAUGAUCGAUACUAA